UUUCCGCUUUCCCGGGGAGCCGUGGGCAGCCAGCCCCGAGCACCCUCUGUCCACGGCGCGACCGAAGACGCUGGUGCUAAUUAGCAAUAUCCGCGGUCUGUCAGGCUUGAUUUCAGAAGCGGAGUAACGCUACGGCCUUUGGGCAGCUCAGAUGCUCGGGUUUUAGCUUAACGAGAAAGGUUUUAUCUCGGCAUCUCGGAGGCGCGAGCAAGAGCAGCAGCAGAUGGAGGAGUUGUGAGUUUAGGCUACAGGAAUACGCUCGGGCUUUGGGUUUCAGUAGCACGGAGAAACCUUUCCCAUUCACGCGUACUCUCGCUUUCCGUCGUAUUUGCCUGCUUUGCUAAUAACAGGGAUAUAACUGGAAUCUUUGUUUAGACUGGGGUGGCGGGGGGAAGCUGUGGCAGACGAUGAAGACAAACGGGGCGGGGGGGGGGGGGAUCCUCCUUUUUUUUUUCCCGUUGCUUUUUUAAUAAUUAUUUUUAUUGUUGUUGGGGUCCCUCCGCCCCCCUCCCGCACGAAACCCGGCGCGGGCUCGCUGGCGGAGACAGCGAUCCCGCCAUGCUCUCAGAAGGCGGGUUUUGCGCAGGAGGUGAGGCCAGCGAGGCAGGUCCCCGCGCGGCGGGGUCCACCCACUUGAAAACAAAACUUUUUUCCUGCAGGCGCUGAGAGCAGAGACCUGGCGCGGGGUCCCCGGAGCCGCCUCGCCGCGCCCCCGCCGCGGAGCUGGUAUGCGGUAGGGCAGUGCCAUGUAUUGGAAGAGCGACCCGAUGUUUGUCUGCAGGCUGGAGGACAAGGACCUUCCCGCGCUCGGCGGCCCCUCGGAGAAGGCGAGCCCCGCAGCGGCCGACGAGGACUCCUGCUCUUCCUCCGCCGCCCUGUCGCCCUCCUCCUCGCCGCGGUCCAUGGCCUCGGGCUCCGGCUGCGCCCCCAGCAAGUGCGUGUGCAGCAGCUGCGGCCUGGAGAUCGUGGACAAGUACCUGCUGAAGGUAAAUGACCUCUGCUGGCAUGUGCGCUGUCUCUCAUGCAGUGUUUGCAGAACAUCUCUAGGAAGGCAUACCAGCUGUUACAUCAAAGAUAAAGAUAUCUUCUGCAAACUUGAUUAUUUCAGGCGGUAUGGCACCCGCUGCUCCCGCUGUGGGAGGCACAUUCAUUCUACUGACUGGGUCCGAAGGGCUAAAGGAAAUGUAUACCACUUGGCGUGCUUUGCAUGCUUCUCCUGCAAAAGACAGCUUUCUACUGGAGAGGAAUUUGCUUUGGUUGAAGAGAAAGUCCUUUGUAGAGUACAUUACGACUGCAUGCUGGACAAUCUGAAAAGAGAAGUCGAAAACGGUAAUGGGAUUAGUGUGGAAGGAGCAUUACUAACAGAACAAGAUGUUAAUCAUCCUAAACCAGCAAAAAGAGCUCGGACCAGCUUCACAGCAGAUCAACUCCAGGUUAUGCAAGCACAGUUUGCUCAGGACAACAAUCCAGAUGCACAAACACUUCAGAAACUGGCAGAAAGAACAGGCUUAAGCAGGCGUGUUAUACAGGUGUGGUUUCAAAAUUGCAGAGCACGCCAUAAGAAACAUGUUAGUCCUAAUCAUUCAUCUACUGCUCCUGUCACAGCAGUUCAGCCCUCCAGGCUGUCUCCACCCAUGUUAGAAGAAAUGGCAUACUCUGCAUACGUACCCCAGGAUGGGACUAUGUUAACUGCUCUACACAGCUAUAUGGAUGCUCAUUCACCUACAGCUCUUGGACUCCAGCCUUUGCUACCCCAUUCAAUGACACAACUGCCAAUAAGUCACACCUAAUUCCUUUCUGUCAGGGAUAUAAACUGUUAAGGAUGUAACCUUAAGUCAUUUAUUGUGUAUUAAAAGUAUAAUUGGAAAGAUAUUAAUGUUAACUUUUUAUUUAACAUUUAAAGCAUUUUCAAGAUCAUUUUUGCUGCCCAGGUACGUAAGAAUAUUUAGCCUGCAAGACACUUUUAUGGAUUCUGCAUAAAUAACUAUUACAUUGUUUACAAGCCUUAUUAAACACUUUUUUUUUGUAUUGUCUGGAAGUAGUCCACUCUAGUUCUAUGUGUGUGUUAAUUUAUUUGUCAUCAAAAGAGCACUUUGCCUAAAAGAAAGGACUGACAAUUGUGCAAAAUGUUUACAAUUCUUUGUGAAAUUGUAGUUUAUCAUUAGUUUGUAUCUGUAAGUUAUUGCUGAAAGUAUUACCUGUAUUUGAGUUGUAUACAGCCUAUAUGUUAAAGCUUAUUUCUGUGAGUUUACAAAAAUAAAUUUUGGUUGCAAAUAUUUUCAGAAUGAACUGAAUAAAGUUUCUGCUGUAGCAUGCGAAGCAAAAAUGUUGCUGUGUUUAUGGCUGAACUGUGAUCAUUUGUUGAAGUGCUUAACUUGAAUCUUCGAUUUUAAGAGAAGGUCCCUGAGAUACCUAGGUACACUACACCAAACUCAGGAGUGUUUGUAUCUGUCUCAAUUGAUUUAAAAAAAAAAAAAAAUCCUUUAAUGGG